ACAAAACACCACAAAACACCACAAAACACCACCAAAACACCCCAAAACACCACAAAACACCACCAAAAACACCACAAAACACCCCAAAACACCCUUUAACCAUGGCCCACACUUCUUUGGCCCUUCUCCUGGCCGUGGCGUGUCUGGCUGGCGUGGCUACAUCCCGCAUGGCCUGGUUCUUCCCUGCUGACUACGAGUUCGUGGUGGGGCAGGUGGUGCAGCAAUUCACGUGCGAGGGGCGGCCUUAUGGGUACUACGCCGACGUGGAUAACGCCUGCAGGGUCUUCCACAUCUGCCUCCCCAUCCCUGACAACUCCGGCCAGGUAGUACAGACGGCACACUUCUCCUUCAUCUGCGGCAACCAGACCGUCUUUGACCAGGAGACUCUCACGUGCAACCACCCGGAGUACGCCUUCCCCUGCGAACAGGCGGCCUCACUCUACGAUUCACGCAACGCUCUCUUCGGCCUCGUGGACCAAGAAUUCUAAGCCAAUCUUUGUACUUUUUGUCACUCGUUCAUCCCUCUCUCUUUCUCAUCUUUAUUUUCAUUCCAUCCUUUUCUCUUUACUUUUCUUCUCCUCCUCCUCCUCCUCCUUCUUCUUCUUCUUCUUCCAUCUCCUUUCCUUCCUUAUUUCCUAUCGUUGGAUUUUUUAUGGAUCACGUUUUCUGUUGUGUUGUUUCCUGGAUUUUAACCCGUUCAGCACUGGGACGCAUUUGAGUUUGGGUACGAUUAGACGGUUUUAUUGACAUUAGGAAGGGUCUAUGGAGGUCAGGAGAUUAAUGGCCAGUGUCUUUACUAUUCUAAUCCCCCAUAUGAGUUUCUGAAGCUGUGUAAAAUCAUCAAAUACUAAGCAAAAUGAAUAUCAAAUCGCGUCCUAGUACUGUAGAGGUUAAGGUUUUUGUUUUCCUUGUGAGUUAGGAAUGUGUUAUCUCUCGUCACUGUUUCCUGAAGUUUUGUUUCCUUUUAUGCAAUGUUAGGAAUGUGUUGUGUUUCCUAUAUGGGUUCUAAGAAGGUUCUGUUUCCUAUCCAAUUCUGUGUUAGAAACGUUUUUCCUGCCACUGUUUCCUGAAGUUCUGUUUGGAAUGUGUUGAGUUUUCUAUUGUUGGGUUCUAAGAAGGUUCUGUUUCCUAUUCAAUUAUGUGUUAGAAAUGUAUUGUUUCCCGCGACUGUUUGGCUAUGCAGUGAGUGUUCGGAGUGUGUUGUUUCCUUUUAUGUUCAGCUCUACGAAGGUUUUGUUUUCCUGAUGUGACAAGAACGUUUCCUACCAGUUUCUCAGAAGGGCUUUGUUUUCCGCUUUGCAGUGAGUGUUGGGAAUGUGUUGUUUGUUGGGGUCUAAGAAGGUGUGACAAGAAUGUUUCCUACCAGUUUCU